CCGAGCCCGGAGGUGGGACUCAGGCUAAUGGCGGCGCGGGGGAAGCUGCUCGGAGGGGGCAGCGAGGACGCCCAGGCAGAGGAAGAACGGCGAGUUCUGGAACCUGGGGCUGCCCCUUUUGGAAAUUUCCCUUAUUAUUCCCACUUCUACCCUCCGGAACAACGGCUUCGCCUCCUGCCCCCGGAGCUGCUUCGACAGCUCUUCCCGCCCGAUGGUCCUGAGACGAGGCCGAUCUUGGGGCUCGACGUGGGGUGUAACUCCGGGGAUCUGAGUGUGGCUCUAUACAAACACUUCCUUUCCCUACACGAUGGGGAGACCUGCUCAGAUGCCUCCAGAGAACUCCGUCUCCUCUGCUGUGACAUAGAUCCAGCCCUGGUAGAACGAGCUGAAAAAGAAUGUCCUUUUCCUGAUGCCUUGACCUUUAUCACCCUGGACUUCAUGAAUCAAAGGACCCGGAAGGUUCUCUUGAGUUCUUUCUUAAGCCAAUUUGGAUGUUUGGUUUUUGACAUUGGCUUCUGCAUGUCGAUAACUAUGUGGAUUCAUCUGAAUCAUGGGGACCAAGGCUUAUGGGAAUUCUUAGCCCAUCUUUCCUCUCUCUGCCGCUACCUCCUUGUGGAGCCUCAGCCUUGGAAGUGUUACCGGGCAGCUGCAAGGCGGCUCCGAAAGCUGGGACUCCAUGAUUUUGACCACUUCCGCUCACUUGCCAUCCGGGGUGACAUGGCAAGUCAGAUUGUACAGAUCUUGACCCAGGAUCACGGCAUGGAAUUAGUGUGCUGCUUUGGUAAUACCAGUUGGGACCGAAGCCUCCUGCUCUUCAGGGCAAAACAUACCAUAGAGACUCAUCCGAUCCCUGAGUCACUGAUAGAAGAAGAGAAAGAAAGGAACAGAUUAAGGUUCUGCAGGCAAUGAGGUGAUAGGGCGGGAAAACCAAGAAAGAGAAGUUGAAAGUGUUUUAUACUGAGAAAUAUGUUCACUGUUUUGCAACAGACAGUUCAAAGCCUCACAGAAACUUCUAGCAAAAUAUUCAAGGCUUGCAACAAAAAGAAUCAGUUAUCUAGUCCCCGCUGGGACAACCCCUGACGAGGAUGAAUUGCUUUGUAGUGCUGGGGAUUGGAACCCAGAGCCUUGUGAAUGCUAAACGUGUUUUACUGUUGAGCCACAUCUCCAGCCUUUGGGGUGUUUUGUUUUGUUUUUGUC